CACUGUCCCUCUCCCUUACUUUUUUUUAACAUAACCCGCCAAACUCUCUGCACGUCUUAUGUAUUGUAGCAAUGGCGACUCGAGCCAAAUCAGGUCGUGGACGGAAGCGUAAAACUGACGCUGAUGCACAAACAGCUGCAGUGGAGGAGAAGAAAGAAAAGCUUGAUGGAGUUGACAAGAAAGAUGAAGAAACAGGACAAAGAGUUGUCAUUGAGCAUUGCAAAAGCUGACGGGUCUACGGGCGGAAUGCUGAAGGUGUGCGUGAGGCACUUGCAGCUUCGCACCCUGAAAUUUGUGUGGUGCUCAAUCCUCAGAAACCUCGGCGGAACAGCUUUGAGGUCACGCUGAUGGAGGGAGACAAAGAGGUUGUUUUGUGGACUGGCAUUAAGAAGGGUCCUCCACGCAAACUGAAGUUUCCUGAUCCUGCUGAAGUGGUUUCUGCUCUCAAGGAAGCGUUGAAGAGCUAGUAGAAGUUAUAAGGAGACGGUCAGUCAUCUUUGUUCCUGGACACUGGAUGCAUAAUGAUGUAAAUGGACUAAUGGGAAAAUCUCCCCGUCUGUUUUCUGAUGAUCGGCUCUGUUGUUCCGGACCUGAUAAUUGACCUUGCCUUGUUUCUUCUGUUAAACUCUCAAAGAUUGAUUCUCAAACCUUGUUUAUGUUCUGUUUUGACAUGACAAGUUUUAGAUUGCUAUUACCUGUACUCAGUGGUAAUGUUUUGUCAAUCACUUUUUUUUUUUUUUUUUAACUAUUUGAAUGAUACAAAUAAAGCUACUGAUCUACCUUUAA